GUUAUCUUCGCCAUGAUUGCCUGCGCUGCCGCCAAGCCUGGUUUGGUUACUCCUUUGGCUUAUACCGCACCCGCUGCUGUUGUUGCCGCCGCCCCAGCUCCAUUCGUUACUGCCACCAGCAGCCAAUAUGUUGCUCGUAAUUACAAUGGUAUUGCCACCGCUCCAGUUGUUGCUCCUGUUGCCGCCCCUAUUGUAGCUAAGACUGUUGCUGCUCCCAUUGUUGCCAAGACUUUCGCUGCCCCAGUCGUUGCUGCUUACACUACCCCAGUUGCCGCUGCCUACUCUGCCCCAGUUAUUGCCAAAUACGCCGCCACCUAUGCUGCUCCCUUUGCUUACUCUGCUCCCUUGACUUAUGCUGCUGCUCCAGCCCCAGUUUUGUGGUAUCAGAUAUUCUUGUGUUCUCACAGUAAUCGCAACAAAUCAAAUCUUCUCAACAUGUUCAAAUUCGCCGUUGUUAUCUUCGCCAUGAUUGCCUGUGCUGCUGCCAAACCUGGUUUGGUAACUCCUUUGGCUUAUACCGCACCAGCUGCUGUUGUUGCUGCUGCCCCAGCUCCCUUUGUGACUGCCACAAGUAGCCAAUAUAUUGCUCGUAACUACAAUGGUAUUGCCACUGCUCCAGUUGUUGCUCCCGUUGUCGCUAAGACUGUUGCUGCUCCCAUUGUUGCUAAGACUUUCGCUGCCCCAGUCGCUGCUGCUUACACUACCCCAGUUGCCGCUGCCUACUCUGCCCCAGUUGUUGCCAAAUACGCCUCCACCUAUGCUGCUCCUUUCGCUUACUCUGCUCCCUUGACUUAUGCUGCCGCUCCAGCUCCAGUUUUGUUCUAA